AUGUCCAAGUACAAAAACUCAACCACCGUCAAAGACGGUCUGGUCAAACAACAGGUGAUUCUCACCAACUACACCUUGGAUUCGUCAUUAGUGCUUCUUCCAGGAAUCAUAUAUAAUGUGAGUUUUUCCCGGUUCAAAGCGGCGGCGUUGCUUUCUCGGUUUAAGGAGAAAGUCGACUCGGUCCAGUUGGUCAAGAGUCUUUUGUCUGAAUACGACUUUGACUCUGCCUCUUCCGAGUCGUCUGCUAUCAGUGAAGAUGCUGCUGAUGGAAUCCAGCAUUUUUACAAUAUGGAGCAGCAGACGAAGUUGAAGGGCGUGCCGGAGGUGAAUAACGUGCAGCCGUCGUCGGAGUUUGACUGGCUUGUGCUUGCAGUGUCGCCUAACUUGAGUAAGAUCCCGAGCCCGAAGUCUUUGCCUGAACUGGCGGUGGAUUCUGCUGAAAUGGCUACUAUUGUGCGUGUGGUGGGUAUUGUGGACGAUACGACGAACGUGAAACUUACGUUGCAGGCGCUUCAGCGUGCUACCAAGGUGCCGGGCUAUAAGCCUAAGAAACCUACUGAGAGUUUGCUUAAGGUGCACUGGAACGAUAAGCUUGACGACCCUGCUAGUCAUUUGCAGACACUUAAAUCGUCUACGUCGAUUUUGUUUAAUGCUAUUGAUCGGUUUGUGACAGAGUACCGCCAGGCCAUGCAGAAUGCCGGCAAGAACGAUGAAAAGAAGAGCGAUUUGCUUACAUUGAAUCCUUUGGCGAAUGCUUUGUUUUUGCAACUUGCGGGUUCGAAAGAUUUCUCUAAGGCUUAUUUGAGCUUGCAGAAGAUCGUGUCGAGCUUGACAUCUUCUGAAAAGUCUAAUCCUAGGAACUUGCUGCGUAUUGUGGACUUGACAGCUGCUAUUAUUCCUUUCCCUAACCACGAGAAGCUCAAGAUGCUCGGAACCACAGAGUUGAAGGAUAGGGUUGUGGAGAUCAAUGUCAUGAUCAGCAAAAUGACUGAAGUGUUUGGAAAUCUCAAGGAGAACAACAAAAUGGUCAACCACUGGUUCUACAACGAAGCUUCGAAUAUCCAGAGAGCUAAUAUGGUGGCCAACCAGCUCAAGUCUAUUCGUGUCGUUUUGGAAGGUCUCACUCAGAAGGGUAAGGAGAACAAUAACAGUAACUCCAACCAGAAGGCGCUUGUUCGUCGUAAGGGCGGUGCUGGGCCUAUUUCUUCGUCUAGAGGCGGUCCUAACGAUCCUGAGUCGGUUGGCGACGAUGACGACGGUGAUGAUGACGAUAUCCGUGCUAUUGCAAACUUCAUCAAGAACAGACUACCGGAAAUUGUCUCGUUGAGCGAAGACAGCAAGCGUUUGAUCACCAAGGAUUUUAAGAGAAUCAAGUCGUCUCCUCCUGGCAACGCCGACUUCCAUGUCAUUAGAAACUACUUGGAGAUUGUUAUGGAUAUGCCUUGGGAUAAGUUUGUUUCCAAGUUCAAGUCCAACAAGGAUAUCAAUAUCGCAGAAGCCAAGCGCCAGCUUGACGAGGACCACUACGGCUUGGACCACGUGAAGAAGAGACUUACUCAGUACCUUGUGGUGUUGAAGCUUUUAGGUAUCAAUGCCGAUAAGGAAUACGAAAGAUUAGGCAUCAAGGAAGCUCAGCGUGAGAAAGAAUUGCAGGCUCAACGCGAGAAUAGAAAAUUCACUAGAGAGUCCAACAAUGGCGAAGCUAUCAUUAUUCCUAACAAUGACGAGACCAGACGUGCCAAGGAACAAGCUGACAAUAGAAUCAAGAAGUCUAGAGACAUGACAAGCGCCAACAAGGAGAGAGACGCAAAGAACCUUCUUGCUUCCAAGAACAACAGAUCUCCUAUCAUCAUGUUGGCCGGUCCUCCUGGUGUUGGUAAAACGUCGCUUGCUAAGCUGAUUGCUGGAACGUUGGGUAGAAAGUUCCAGCGUGUUUCUUUGGGCGGUGUUAGAGACGAAUCUGAGAUUCGUGGCCACAGAAGAACGUAUGUUGGUGCUAUGCCAGGUACGAUUGUCCAGGCGUUGCGUAAGGCGAGAUCCAUGAACCCGGUGAUUCUUCUUGAUGAGAUUGAUAAGGUCGUUGGCGGGGCCAGCGGAGGAGCCAAGUUCAGUGGAGACCCAGCGGCAGCAUUGCUUGAGGUUUUGGAUCCAGAGCAGAACAACCAGUUUAUGGACCAUUACUUGGGCUUCCCUAUUGAUUUGUCCCAGGUGAUCUUUAUUUGUACUGCCAACGAGCCAUACAACUUGUCUAGACCAUUACUUGACAGAUUGGAGAUGAUUGAUAUUGGUGCUUACGAUUACAGUGAAAAACUCGUUAUUGGCCAGAGAUACUUGUUGCCUAGACAAACCAAGCGGAAUGGGUUCCCUGAUGAUAACUUGGUUAGCAUUGACGAUGAGGUGAUGAAGAAGAUUGUCCUUGAUUACACGAGAGAAGCUGGUGUACGUAAUCUUGAGAGAAAGUUGGGUACGGUUUGUCGGUUCAAGGCGGUGGAGUUUGCUGACAGUCUUAAUGACAGUGCCGUUCAAUAUAACCCUCGUGUGGAAGAGUACGACUUGGCCAAGUACCUUGGGCUUCCAAUGCCGAACUUGAAUAACGAGAUUGUGGAGGUUCCACUUCAACUGGCCAAGUAUGGCGUGGUGAAUGGAUUAUCAUACAAUACCGACGGGUCCGGAUCCGUUCUUAUCUUUGAAAGCAUUGGUUUCCACAAUGAAAAAGGCGGUACUUCAUUGAACAUGACAGGACGUCUUGGCGAAGUGUUGAUGGAGAGUGCCAAGAUCGGCAUGACGUUCAUCAAGAACACCAUGCAUAAAGGAUUGUGGAACGUUGAUAAUGCAAAGAAGGUGCUUGAAAAGCUCAACAACCUUGAAAUCCACAUGCAUGUGCCCAGCGGUGCUGUUCAAAAAGAUGGUCCUUCCGCAGGUAUCACCAUGGCGCUCUCGUUCCUCUCGUUGUUGCUUGAAAAGCCCGUUCCGCUGAAUAUCGCCAUGACCGGUGAAAUCACUCUCAGAGGACUUGUUUUGCCCAUUGGUGGACUCAAAGAGAAGAUGCUUGGAGCGCACCUCACCGGCCAAAUCCAAAAGAUCAUUGUGCCACGCGAAAACAGACGAGACGUGAUUGAAGAGUUUGUUCAGAAGAUCAAUGAGCCGCAGAGAAUGAACGAGCUCUUGAGAGAUAACCAGGAUGUGAACUUCAAGAACACCUCUCCCGAAGACUACUUCUACGACAAGUACGGCGUGCGUGUGGUUUACGCAAAAGAGUUCUGGGACGUGAUCAAACACGUCUGGGGCGACGAGCUCUUGGUGAAGGUGGAACAAGCGCGUAUGGACGAGUACCACUUGUAA